AUGUGUCGGGGCCAAGGGCCGCUGCUCCUUCUGCCACUGCUGGCUGCCUGCCUGGGGGCCCAGGGCCGCAACCAGGAGGAGCGCCUGCUGGCUGACCUGAUGCGCAGCUAUGACCCUCACCUUCGACCUGCAGAGCACGGCACAGACAUAGUGAACGUCAGCCUGAAGCUCACCCUGACCAACCUUAUCUCUCUGAACGAGCGAGAGGAGGCCCUCACCACCAACGUCUGGAUAGAGAUGCAGUGGUGUGACUAUCGCCUGCGCUGGGACCCCCAGGACUACGGGGGCCUGUGGGUGUUGCGGGUGCCAUCCACCCUGGUGUGGCGGCCAGACAUCGUGCUGGAGAACAAUGUGGAUGGUGUCUUCGAGGUGGCCCUCUAUUGCAACGUGCUGGUGUCCCCUACUGGCUGCAUCUACUGGCUGCCGCCUGCCAUCUUCCGCUCUUCCUGCGCUGUCUCCGUCACCUACUUCCCCUUUGACUGGCAGAACUGUUCCCUCGUAUUCCAGUCCCAGACCUACAGCACCAGUGAGAUUAACCUGCAGCUGACUCAGGAAGGCGGCCAGACCAUUGAGUGGAUCUUCAUCGACCCCGAGGCCUUCACGGAGAACGGGGAGUGGGCCAUCCGGCACCGGCCAGCCAGGAUGCUGCUGGACGAGGACGCAGCAGGCCACCAGAGGGUGGUGUUCUACCUGUUCAUCCAGCGCAAGCCGCUCUUCUACGUCAUCAACAUCCUCGCCCCCUGUGUGCUCAUCUCCUCCGUUGCCAUCCUCAUCUACUUCCUCCCUGCCAAGGCGGGUGGCCAGAAGUGCACCGUGGCCAUCAAUGUGCUCCUGGCCCAGACCGUCUUCCUCUUCCUCGUGGCCAAGAAGGUGCCAGAGACAUCCCAGUCAGUGCCACUCAUCAGCAAGUACCUGACCUUCCUCAUGGUGGUGACCAUCCUCAUUGUCGUGAAUGCUGUGGUCGUGCUCAACGUGUCCUUGAGGUCCCCGCACACACACUCCAUGGCCCGAGGGGUCCGCAAGGUGUUCCUGCGCUUCCUGCCCCAGCUGCUGCGAAUGCACAUUUGCUCGCUGACCCCAGCGGCUGUGCAGGACCCCCGGCCCCGGCUCCAGAAUGGCUCCUCUUCAGGGUGGCCCAGCCCAACUGGGGAGGAGGUGUCCCUGUGUCUGCCCUGCAGUGAGCUCCUCUUCCGGCAGUGGCAGCGCAACGGGCUGGUGAGGGCGGCACUGGAGAAGCUGGAGAAAGGCCCGGAGUUGGGGCAGAGCCAGGAGUUCUGCGGCAGUCUGAAGCAGGCUGCCCCGGCCAUCCAGGCCUGUGUCGAUGCCUGCAACUUCAUUUCCCGAGCCCGGCUCCAGCAGAGUCGCUUUGACAGUGGGAACAAGGAGUGGUUCCUGGUGGGCCGUGUACUGGACCGCGUCUGCUUCCUGGCCAUGCUCUCUCUCCUCAUCUGCGGCACUGCUGGCAUCUUCCUCAUGGCCCACUACAACCGGGUGCCCACCCUGCCAUUCCCUGGAGACCCCCGACCCUACCUGCCCUCCCCAGCCUGAACCAAUCAGUCACUGCUGGGCACAGGGGAGCCGCAUUUGUGGGUCAUGAGUGUGCUCUUUG